AUGUCGAAGCGAGGUAUGAUUGUUCCUUCUCCUCGCACUCUUCGAUGAUCCCUGUCUUUUUUUAUUUAUGUGCCGGAGGAGCUGUUUAGGAGUCACCUCCCGAUGUCGCUAUUGAGGGCAAAUGCUGGGAUUUAAUCGCGUCUGUGUUGGGAAGCGUGGCUGAGCGGAGGAAGCUCUCCACCGAUGUGAUUUCCGCUCAUUAGGCGUUUGCCUACAUUUUGAUUUUCGUUUGUUCGAGGUCAUGCAUGGCUUUCUAUCAGUCGCCAUUCUUGUGCAUUUCUGAUGGUAGCGGUUAGAUAUGUCUCUUCUACGGCGGAUGGCACAGACUCAAUCAUGUCUUGGAUGUGCGGAUUCGUGUGUGUUUGGGAUUCACCCUCUUUCUUUCUACCAGCUGGUCUUGUUUUUCCUUUUGAUUGAUUUGGCACUCGAUCUCUGCUUCUUCGUCGUCCCUUUUAGGUCGCGGAGGUUCCGCGGGGAACAAAUUCCGAAUGUCGCUGGGUCUCCCAGUGGCAGCCACCGUGAACUGUGCCGACAACACCGGGGCGAAAAAUCUGUACAUCAUCUCGGUGAAGGGGAUCAAGGGCCGCCUGAACCGGCUCCCUUCGGCCUGCGUUGGGGAUAUGGUGAUGGCCACUGUGAAGAAAGGGAAACCUGAUCUGAGGAAGAAGGUCAUGCCUGCCGUCAUUGUCAGGCAAAGGAAGCCGUGGCGUAGAAAGGAUGGCGUCUUCAUGUACUUCGAAGGUACUUUACUCGGCCUCUGCUUCUUCCGCUGAAAAUUGUGAUCCAAUUGGUGCCCCCCCUCCACCUCGAAUGUCUUCCUGUUUGAUAAAGAAUUUUUGAUAUGAUCGGGCAUGAUCAUGCAUUGGUAUGUUCAUGUGCGAUAUAAUUGGACCAUCCCUUGCAGUGAUUUUAUGUUUUUACAUGAGAGAGAUAUCAAACCAUCUAGUAAAUAUCUUCUCCCUCUCCUAACCCUUAUUGUCUUUCUCCCUCCCUCCUGAUUCAUGAAUUCUCAUUUUUCGACCAUUUUCUCAAAUCAUGCAGAUAAUGCCGGGGUGAUCGUCAACCCUAAAGGAGAAAUGAAAGGUAUGCUUCUUCGGAUCAUUCAUGCGUUGUUGUGGUCGUCGUUUCCAUCCCUGCCCUCGUUCCAUACAGUCAUCUCAGCCUGAGACCCUCCAAUUUAUAUGCAAGGGAUGAUUUACAGAGAGAGAGAGAGAGAGACAGAGAGAGACAGAGAGAGAGCUUAUGCAUUGCUAAGGCUGAUGAAACUUAAUCGGAUGAUUUACAGGGUCAGCUAUCACGGGCCCAAUUGGGAAAGAGUGUGCGGAUCUGUGGCCCAGGAUUGCGAGCGCUGCCAAUGCCAUUGUCUGA